AUGGCUGUACAAUCUGACGUACAGAUUGCUAUCAUUGGCGGCGGUAUCUGCGGGCUUACUUGCGCGGCUGCCCUGGCCCAGAAGGGCAUCAAUGCGCAUAUCUAUGAGGCUAGGGCCAAGCUCGGCGAGAUCGGUGCUGGAAUCGGAUUGGGCUGCAAUGCGCUUGCUAUCAUGCGCGAGCUUGGAUCUUACGACGACAUCCUCGCGAACACAGCGGAGCCCGGACGUCUCAACAUACGCGGCUUUCGCUUCGUAUCAGGUGCCGAAGGGCAUGAAGAGCUAUAUACCACGUCAAUGCCACCUGAGGAAUAUGCGCUUCUCGAAGCACUAGUCAAGCACAUCGACCCAGCAUACACUCACUUCAACAAACGCGCAGUCGCGGUUACAACAGCGGAGUGCAAGACCGAUCAAUCCGUGAUCACGUUUGAGGACGGGGCUGCCGCAGAGGCAGACGUCGUGCUGAUCGCGGAUGGGGUGAAGUCGUCACUUCGCAGCGUAGUCACAGGCCUGGGUGCGAAGGAGACGCUGUUAUUCAGCAACACGGUUUGUUAUCGCGGGCUUGUCACGCGAGAGCAAGCUGCCGUACGGGGCGUGGACACGAGCUUCUGGGACAUUCCGUCAAAGUGUAUCGGUGUUGGCAAGCGUAUAGUGAUAUACCCAAUCUCUAAGGGCGCGGUGAUCAACAUCGCUGCCUUCGUGACGCAGUAUGAUGUGCCAGUUGGGCAUACUAGCAUCGCUCGGGGCCCAGAGCAGCCCUCAGUGGAAGCCGUCUCUAACCAAGAGCUGACGGAACAAUACGCCGACUUCGGCAGCAACAUCCGUGCUGUGCUUGGGUGCAUCGACAAGCCAAACAAGUGGUAUAUCAGUGUCGUGUACCCACACCUAAAGACGUACGUGCGAGGCAAGGUGGCGCUGCUCGGGGAUGCGGCACACGGUAUGCUGCCUUACCUGUAUGCCGGAGCUGGACAAGGUGUCGAGGAUGGGUGGCUUUUGGCACAGCUGCUCAGCAAUCCUCAGACAAGCCCACAAAAUGUGGAGGAGGUACUGAAGGUCUAUGACGAGCUUCGAAGACCUCGCUCUCAAAAGAUUUGGGACCAGUCCCUGGAGGCCGGAAAAAUACAGGAUGGAAUGGGACCAGGCGGACUCACGGCAGAUGGCAUAUCAGCGUCCCAGCAGCUUGACUACGUCAAUAGCUAUCGACUGGGUGAGGAUGUUCAGGAAGGUGUUGAGCUGCUGAAAGUCAGAGGUGUUUUCGAGUAA